AUGUCCUUUUUCAUGCCUCUGCCCACCUCAUCUCUUCCCACACUGCUCACCCCUAAUUCUGCAGUCCUGUGUCUCUGCGCUGUCACAGGGGCCGUGGAGUUCCUCCUCCUGGGGCUCUCAGAUGACCCCCAAGUCCAGCCUGUCCUUUUCGGCAUCUUCCUGUCCAUGUACCUGGUCACCGUCAGUGGGAACCUGCUCAUUCUGCUGGCCAUCAGCUCCGACUCUCGCCUGCACACCCCCAUGUACUUCUUCCUGUCUGUUUUGUCCACAGCUGAUAUCAGCUUUACCUCCACCACAGUCCCAAAGGUGAUUUGGGACAUUCACACUCAGAGCAGACAUAUCUCUCAUGCCAGCUGCCUGGUGCAACUGUCCCUUUAUGUCCUUUGUGGAUGUUUGGAGUGUGUCAUUCUAGGGGUGAUGGCCUAUGAUCACUUUGUGGCCAUCUGCCACCCCCUGCACUACCCAAUCAUCAUGAAUCCCCGUCUAUGUGGCUGGCUGAUUCUGGGGUCCAUCUGCAUCAGCUUGCUGAAUGCCCAGCUGCAAUUCUUGAUGAUGUCACAGCUCAUCUUUUGCAGCCAGGUGGAAAUCCCUCACUUCUUCUGUGACUCCCCUCAACUGCUCAAGCUGGCCUGUGGGAAUAUCUGCACCAAUAACCUCAUCAUAUAUUUUAUUGUUGCUAUUGCCUGUGCUGAGUGUCUCUGCGCUGUGGACCCCCACAAUGUCACAGGGGCUGUGGAAUUCCUCCUCCUGGGGCUCUCAGAUGACCCCCGAGUCCAGCCCGUUCUCUUCAGCCUCUUCCUGUCGAUGUACCUGGUCACCGUCACGGGGAACCUGCUCAUCGUGCUGGCCAUCAGCUCUGACCCCCGCCUGCACACCCCCAUGUACCUUUUCCUGUCUGUUUUGUCCACAGCUGACAUCUGCUUUACCUCCACCACGGUCCCAAAGGCGAUUUGGGACAUUUACACUCAGAGCAGAAAUAUGUCUCAUGCCAGCUGCCUGGUACAACUGUCUCUUUUGAAUAUUUUUGGGUGUUUGGAGUGUGUCAUUCUAGGGGUGAUGGCCUAUGAUCGCUUUGUGGCCAUCUGCCAUCCUCUGCACUACCCCGUCAUCAUAAACCCCCGUAUCUGUGGCUUGCUGAUUCUUGGGUCCAUCUGCAUCAGCCUUCUGGACUCCCAGCUGCAAUUCUUGAUGAUGUCACAGCUCAUCUUUUGCACCCGGGUGGAAAUUCCUCACUUCUUUUGUGACCUCUCUCAACUGCUCAGGCUGGCCUGUGGGGAUAUCUUCAUUGAUAACCUCAUCAUAUAUUUUAUUGUUGCUCUUCUGGGCGGUGUUCCAGCCUCAGGGAUUUUUUAUUCUUACACGAAAAUAAUCUCCUCUGUCUUGAGAAUCUCAUCCAAAGGCGGGCGGUCCAAAGCCUUCUCCACCUGUGUUUCUCACCUGUCCACAGUUUGCUUGUUUUAUGGGACAGCUAUGGGGGUGUACCUCAGCUCAGCUGUCUCCCAGUCCCCCCGGAAGGGGGCAGUGACCUCAGUGAUGUACACUAUGGUUGUUCCCAUGCUCAACCCCUUUAUCUACAGCUUGAGAAACCAGGACAUCAAAAGGGCCUUCCAGAAGCUUCUCAGUAGGACAAUUUAG